AUGACGCGACGCGAGGAUGGGGGUGGCAAAGGGACAAAGAGCCAACGAAAAUCCGAGCAGGGCCACACCUUCCUUCUCCCAAGUUCGAGCACGACCAUGAAGCAGGACAAUCUCAAUUUCAAGUGCGCACUCGUAACUGGCGGCGGAGGAGGCAUCGGCAGAGCCUUGGCAGAGUAUUUUUUGUCAAAGGGAAAGGAAGUUGUCAUUGCCGGACGGACAGAGUCCAACCUCAAGCAGACCCUCGAAGAGAUCAAGGAUGACAAGCUCAGCUAUGCCGUACUAGACACGAGCAAGCCAGAGACAUUCGAGGCCUUUGUCGCUGAUCUCUUGAAGAAGCACGACGUCGACUGCCUCGUCAACAAUGCUGGCAUCCAGAAGCCGAUCCAGAUUGUCGACGGAGGCUUGGACAACCUGGCAGUGUAUGACCAAGAGAUAGCUACCAACAUCAUCGGACCGGUCCAUCUCACUCAGCGACUGCUCCCUAACAUCGUCAAACACAAGGGCGUCAUUUACAACGUCGGCAGUUUGCUAGCCUACACAGGCAUGGUUAAGUGCCCCUCCUAUAAUGCCACGAAAGCCUACAUCCAUUCGUGGAGCAUCGCUUUGAGGUACCAGCUCGAGUCUAGUGGUGUAGCAGUGGCGGAAAUCAUCCCCAGCAGUACUUCCACCGCCCUUCACCGGGACCACGACGAUCCGCACAACAAUGACAAGGACAAGAACCCGAAUGCGCAGACCGUAGAGGAAUUCAUGGCAGAUAUCACCAAGCUCAUAGAGGCUGGGGAAGCCGAUCUGCCCUCGUCCACAGCAGAAUCCGUGGUGCACAAGUACAACGAUGCCUUCUCCGAGGGCUGGAAAAAGCUCAAUGGCAAGAGUUGA